CCGAUUUUUCAUUAUAGACGACGGGAAGGUAGGGGAAGGCUGUUCGGGAAGAUUGUCGCCCCAAAGAUGAGGUGAUUUGUCGCCUUACCCGUAAUCUUGAGUAUGUGAUUGAAGUGUUGUAACUGUAGUGAAGAUUACAUAUUUUCAUAGAGUUUCACCUAAAAUAUUACUUGUGGAGUUUUUAUUUAAGCAACUGUUAUGUUCACCAGUUGUUUGGGAAAUUUAUUCUCAAUGGGAAGGGGUUUUGGUCCAUUCAGAUGAAUAUACGGGGGAGGGGAGAUAAUCCACCUGUUUCUAGGAGAAAGAAUAGCUUUCACUUUCAUUUCUCUGUUUCUGCUUUCAGAAAUGGCGGCUGCUGAUCUGAGAGACGAACUGACCUGCCCCAUCUGCCUGAGCAUUUAUACUGAUCCUGUAUCCCUGCCCUGUGGCCAUAACUUCUGCCAGGGCUGCAUUGGGGAGCUGUUGGAUACCCAGGAGGGAUCUGGGGGUUAUUCCUGCCCUGAAUGUAGAGCAGAGUAUCAGGAACGGCCAGCCCAGCAGAGGAACAGAGUUCUGUGUAACAUAGCAGAGCGAUUCCUUUCCACUCAUCCAGAGCAGGAUGGGGCCAGGAUAUUCUGCACUUACUGUGUCCAUUCCCGUGUACCUGCUGCUAAAUCCUGUCUGCAGUGUGAGAUCUCCAUGUGUGAUGUGCAUCUCACUGCUCACAACCAGUCAGUGGAACACGUCUUAACUGAACCCACUGCUUCCUUCAUCAACAGAAAAUGCUCCAACCACAAAAAGCUCCUGGAGUAUUACUGCUGUGAGGAUGGUGUCUGUAUCUGUGUGUCCUGCUGUCUGGCCGGGGAGCACAGGGGCCACAGGGUGGAACUGCUGAAUGAGGCUUCUGACAAGAAGAAAGAGAAAAUGAGAAAUGUUCUGGAGAAAUUGAGCACGGAGAGAGGGAAGACUGAGAGAGGGGCACAGAGGCUGCAGGAGUGCAAGAGAGAAGUAGAAGAAAAAGCAGCUGGUGAGACAGAGAGAGUCACUGCCCUGUUUAGAGACAUCAGGGAACAGCUGGACUCCCUAGAGAAGCGACUCCUGAGUGACAUCUCCAGGCAGAAAGAGGAGCUUUCUCUCCAACUCCGGGAUCUAAUGCAGCAGCUGGAAAUAAAGAAGGACGAGAUGUCCAGGAAGAUCCAUCUCAUUGAGGAGCUGUGCAACAUGGCAGAUCCACUCAUUGUCCUACAGGAACAGGAAUCAGAUGAAGCUGACUUUUGUGGGACUGAGGGGGCAGAUAAUGAGGGUAGAGAGAGAGAGAGAGAUGAUAUAACGUUCCCUGCUGUAGGGGAUCUGGAUGUGGAUCUGAUCUCAGAGACAUUACUCACAGGCUUAGCUGGGAUUGUGACUGGGGUAAAUGUAACAAUCUCUGGACAGGACAUGUUAGUGCAUAUAAACCCAGCUAGCUAUAAAACACCCAGUAUUUCCCAACAGGCAGGUAAACUAACCAUUUCCCCAACUGAUUCUGCCACAGAGUAUAGAUGUGAUCCUGUGUAUGGGCAGGAGGCUACAGACAUGUUUUUGGAUAUAAACACGGCUGGGAAUGUAUAUGUAUCAAGGGACAGAAAGUCUGCUUACUACUCAAUAAUGAAAGACCAAUGCCGCCCACUAACUCUAAAGAGAUUUAAAGUUCCUCAGAUGUUAAGCACCAGGAGUUUCUCAUCAGGGCAACAUUACUGGGAAGUGGAGGGCAGUGAAUCAGGGAGCUGGGGGGUAGGGGUGGCCUAUCCCAGUAUAGAGAGGGUAGGGGAACAGUCUGGGAUUGGGGAGAAUAACAAAUCCUGGUGUUUGUUCAGAUGGUGGAAUAAUACAUAUUCAGUGAGACAUGACAAGAAGAACACAGAGUUACCCCACGUCCCUUCCUGCAAUAGAAUCAGAAUCUCACUGGACUAUGAGGCCAAACGUCUGUCCUUUUAUGAGCUGAGUGAGCCAAUCAGACACUUACAUACUUUCACUUCCUCCUUCACUGAGCCCCUUCAUGCUUCAUUUUCUAUAGUGUAUGAUAUUAAUGCCUGGGUGAGAAUUAUUGGAGGGGUAGAUCAAGUUUCACUGAUUUCUGAGAAAAGAAUAGCUUUCACUUUCAUUUCACUGUUUCUGCUUUCAGCAAUGGCGGCUGCUAAUUUGGGAGAUGAAUUGAACUGCUCCAUCUGCCUGAGCAUUUAUACUGAUCCUGUAUCCCUGCCAUGUGGCCAUAACUUCUGCCAGGGCUGCAUUGGGGAGCUGUUGGAUACCCAGGAGGGAUCGGGGGGUUAUUCCUGCCCUGAAUGCAGAGCAGAGUAUCAGGAACGGCCAGCCCUGCAGAGGAACAGAGUUUUGGGAAACAUAGCAGAGCGAUUCCUUUCCACUCAUCCAGAGCAGGAUGGGACCGGGAUCUUCUGCACUUACUGUGUCCAUUCCCGUGUACCUGCUGCUAAAUCCUGUCUGCAGUGUGAGAUCUCCAUGUGUGAUGUGCAUCUCACUGCUCACAACCAGUCAGUGGAACACGUCUUGACUGAACCCACUGCUUCCUUCAUCAACAGAAAAUGCUCCAACCACAAAAAGCUCCUGGAGUAUUACUGCUGUGAGGAUGGUGUCUGUAUCUGUGUGUCCUGCUGUCUGGCCGGAGAGCACAGGGGCCACAGGGUGGAGCUGCUGAAUGAGGCUUCUGACAAGAAGAAAGAGAAACUUAGGAAUGUUCUGGAGAAACUGAGCCCAGAGAGAGAGAAGUAUGAGAGAGGGGCCCAGAGGCUGCAGGAGUGCAAGAGAGAAGUAGAAGAAAAAGCAGCUGGUGAGACAGAGAGAGUCACUGCCCUGUUUAGAGACAUCAGGGAACAGCUGGACUCCCUAGAGAAGCGACUCCUGAGUGACAUCUCCAGGCAGAAAGAGGAGCUUUCUCUCCAACUCCGGGAUCUAAUGCAGCAGCUGGAAAUAAAGAAGGACGAGAUGUCCAGGAAGAUCCAUCUCAUUGAGGAGCUGUGCAACAUGGCAGAUCCACUCAUUGUCCUACAGGAACAGGAAUCAGAUGGAGCUGACUUUUGUGGGACUGAGGGGGCAGAUAAUGAGGACAUAGAGAGAGAUGAUAUAAAGGUCCCUGCUGUAGGGGAUCUGGAUGUGGAUCUGAUCUCAGAGACAUUACUCACAGGCUUAGCUGGGAUUGUGACUGAGGUAAAGGGGCUGUGGUUCCCUGGGCAGGAGGCUACAGACCUGUUACUGGAUAUAAACACGGCUGGGAAUCAUGUAUCUAUUACAGGAGACAGAAAAAGUGCAACCUACACACGUAGAGGCCGUCGUGCCGCACAAACCCCAGAGAAGUUUCAGUAUCCUCAGGCUUUAAGCAGCAGGAGUUUCCCCUCAGGGCAACAUUACUGGGAAGUGGAGGGAAGUGAAUCAGGGAGCUGGGGGGUAGGGGUGGCCUAUCCCAGUAUAGAGAGGGUUGGGGAACAGUCUGGGAUUGGGGAGAAUAACAAAUCCUGGUGUUUGUAUAGAUGGAUUAGUAAUAACUAUUCAGUGAGACAUGACAGGAAGGACAAAGAGUUACCUCAUGUCCAUUCCGGUGGGAGAAUUAGAAUCUCACUGGACUAUGAGGCCGGACGUCUGUCCUUUUAUGAGCUGAGUGAGCCAAUCAGACACUUACAUACUUUCACUUUCACCUUUACAGAGCCUCUUCAUGCUGCAUUCUGGGUAAUGGGAGGUGCCUGCGUGAAAAUCAUUGAUUAGGAUUAGGGUUGCCAUCUUUCUGGUUUUGGUUCUUAGAAGAGCUGUCCAGGUCAAAACUGCCUGCCAGGUUUUCCAAAUUAGGAAAUCCGGACAGGACUCUUUUGACUGACACAGCGAUCACCCAAUCACUUCAUCAUAUUCCUGCCCCUCCCCUGACAUCACAGCCUCUGUGACAUCACCAUCAGGAAAGUAAGUGCUUUGUCCUCUUUUAUACUGGGCAGUUUUCCAUAGCAAUGACUAGGUGGCAUUUUAUUCUAAAUUGCAAAUCUGCCUCACCAGAAUCACGUUUCUUGCUUUAAAUGCCUUUGUUAAAGGGAUCUAGCCUUAAAAUGGUGACUUUUUUUAGCAUAUUGUAAAUAGAAAUGUUUACUCAGUUCCCGUUGGCUGUUGCCAAUAGACCCCACCUAUUCAUGUUCCAUUGGUUGUUGCCAGUAGAUAGGAAGACACUUGCCCUCACUAGCAGGAGGAUCAUGGUUCUUUCUUAUAUUAUCUAACUAUAUCUAGGUUCAGUAUUAUUCAACUGUAUCAAGGGUUCAGUAUUAUCGCAUGAAUAUUACACUUACAGUAUGUUCCAUUGUUAAAGAGAUAUUCACCUGCUCAAAAUGAAAAACCCUAAAGGGCUCAUUCACAAGUGCAGCGUGCAAAGCACAACAAUGGACACAUAUUGCCAUAUUUUUUACCCACAAUCCUCUUGACAAAGGCCGCAGUGCCGAAACACUGGGGCUAUUCUCAUUUUUUAGCAGGUGUAUGUGCUCCUAGUUGUAUCAUUUUUUGCUUAGUAUAACCAAAUAGUGGUAUGUAGAUAUGUUUUAUUAUAUGAUGUAUGCGCAUUUUGCCUGUUGAUUAAACACUGUAGUGUUUUUUUUUACUGCAUAAAAGUAAAAAAAAAUUCUAUAUACCACCCUUGCUUUUGAAUUAAUAAUUUUUUUUGGAAUGUGCGAACCUAACUCAUAGACUUCUGGUUUCUGCACCUCAGACUGUUCUGCUAAAUAUUUUGCUAAUUGGUGUGCCCUCCUUUUUUACCCACAAUGCCAGGGUCAGACUGUCGCAUUAAGGGCCCACUGGGAUUGCAACCCAUACGCAAACAGACGAGCGUUGCACACUUGCAGGAAGAGCACCACGCUAAUCAGCGGAGCAGGUCUGGGCUGGUAGUGGCCCACCAUGUUUUCCCAGUGUCCUGCUGGCCCAGUCCAACUUUGCACAAUGCAGAAUAAUUUCUAGGACCUCAGCAUAACUAUGGGUGCACACUAAGUACUGUGCCCCUCAAUUGCUGUGUUAUUUAUCAGUGAAAAUGCUAAUUUAGAGCUUGCUGGUAAAGUUGUGUUUUAUCAUUUCUUGUUCAUACUAGCAUAUGGUUUAUUAGAAUAAAUAUGAAUCCAAAUACUGUGUAUACUCUAGUAUAAGCUGAGGUACCUAAUUUUACCUAGGAAAACUGGGAAACUGUAUUGACUCGAGUAUAAGCCUAUACUAUAUACUUGCUAUAUAAGUGAAACAGAAAGUUAUCAAAGAUCGGUGCGCUCACGAUGAAAAAGUAAAUUGCUGUUACCUAAAAAGAAAUAAAGUGUAGCGUGCUUCUUUCCAGGGGUUAAUGAAACAUCGGAAAUGUAUUAAACACACAUAUAUAUUUAGAAAUAAGUAUAGGAGUCAUUUUUUUUAAAAGCUCACAUGUACUUCCCCCUUCAACACAACUCACCAUUUCCGACUGCAUUUUAGUCUUCUGUGUUGUGUCCCAGCAUAGCUCUCUACUUUGUCUCGUUUCCAGCCCUCUCCUUCUGCAGCAUGGGUCAGGUACUUCCACAGCAGAGCUCACUUCUGCCUGCACAGUCACCUUUUUCAGCCCCUCCUUCUCCAGUAUCACUUGUGCAGAGAUGGCCACUUUUGCCUGCAGGGUCACGCUUUCCUUCUAACCGGAUCUCAGGACAGGCAUUCAGUGAGGAUUCUGAAGUUUAAGGAGCCUUAAAUCAUGGGGGUAAGGGCUUUUUGAUCUGAAAACCUAGUGUUUGGGUAGGGGCAAGCCUUAAAAAACAACUGACAUGCUGACUCAAGUAUAAGCCGAGGUAGACUUUUUCAGCACAUUUGGAGUGCUGAAAAACUCGGCUUAUACUAGAGUGUAUAUGGUAGGCAUCUUCCAAAUGCUAUUCACUAAGGUACUUGCAUCAAUAUACUCGCCUCUAUAUUUGCUUCAGAAUGGUGCUUGUGCGGUGUGCUCAAUGUGGAAGCAAAGGAGCCCUGGAAUUAAUAGUUGCACAUGCAACUGACUUGCACCUAAUGAAUCUCUUUCUAAGGACUUUUACACAUGGCUGUUUUUUUCUGCGCUCCCCUGCGUUGCGCUUUCUUCCGUUCAGCCGCAGGGGAGCGCGGGAGAAUACGCAGUCAGUUAUUGUGAAGGGGGCUGUACCCACACAGAUGCAUUUAUGCGCCGAAUGCAGGUGAAAUGCAACAUGCU